AUGAAUUCGCCUUCUCAGGUCUGGGCCAGUCUCGUAACUUCUGGGUGUCUAUCUUCGGAGUUUGUAUCAUUCAUUGACGAACAAGAGCUUAUCUCUUUAGACGAACAGCAGUUCGGGAAAUAUGAGAGGACUCAGAGAACUAUUCAGUUUGUUGAGGAUGUACCUUUAAAAGCCUUACAUCAAACAAGAGUUGAGGACGGACCAGCACACUCUGAAGUGUCAGAAGAGUCUGAUAACGCAGAGGAAUCUGGAGAGUCUGAAGAAGAAGUCAUGAAGAUCCAGGACAUCGAAGAACUGAUCGAGUGCAAAAGACCUCGAGAGCCCGUACGACCCAACGACAAGUACUGCUGUAACACUGGAUGCUACCCAUGAAUAUUUGACACCUACGAUGAGAUGGUUGAGAAAUACGAAACAAAGCUGAGCGACUACCAGCAGAAAGUAGAUGAGUUUUGAACCAAAUUCAAAGUACGGUAUGAAGAGCAGAAGUAAGAUGUGGUGCAAAUUUAAGGGAUGUGUUACAUCAGGU